UUUGAUGCGGCUUUGCUUGCGGCUUUUUAUAAGCAGAUUUGUGUAUUGUAAAAGGUGACUAGCAGAAAAAUUUGCAAAUAAUCAGCGGCAAACAUGAGCUCCGGUAAUAUGCUGUAUGGUGGCGAUGAAAUUGGAGCGCUGGUGUUCGAUCCAGGUCACCAUUCUCUAAGGGUGGGCUAUGCCCAAGAGGAUACGCCAAAAGCCGAAAUACCCUCAGUGGUUGGGGUGGGCCCUAGCGCUCCAGAUGCAAAUAUGGAUUUGGAGACGAAAACAGACAAUAACAUAACACAAAGUAAUUCCACCUCACACAAAUAUUAUGUAGAUACCACCUAUAUAAAUGUACCACGCUCUCACAUGGAGAUACAAACGUAUAUGAAGGAUGGCAUGAUUGAUAAUUGGGAUUUAUUUGAAAAGGUCAUAGACUAUGCCUACGCCAAGGUCAUACAAUCAGAGCCGGAAUACCAUCCAGUUCUGUUUUCAGAGGCCUCUUGGAAUGUACGCAACAAUCGUGAAAAACUAACAGAACUUAUGUUCGAGAAGUAUAAUGUUCCAGCCUUCUUUUUGGUGAAAAAUGCCGUUUUGGCUGCUUUUGCCAGUGGAAGAGCUACCGCCUUGGUGGUGGACAGUGGGGCAACUCACACUUCCGCUGUACCCGUGCAUGAAGGUUAUGUGCUAUCCCAGGCUGUAGUGAAAUCUCCUUUGGGUGGUGAUUAUUUGUCUAUGCAAUGUCGUCAACAUUUAGAAAAGAUUAACAUAGAUUUAGCUCCAUCGUAUCAAAUCGCUUCGAAGGAUGUGGUAAAGGAGCGUGACACACCUCGUUUCACAACGCGCAAACUUCCCGAAAACUUGACCCAGUCAUGGCAGAAUUAUAUGCAAAAAUUGUUGUUGCAAGACUUCCAAAUGAACAUUUUACAGGUAUUGGAAAAUCCCUACGACGAAAGAGUGGCAUCACAAAUUCCCACGGUGCACUAUGAAUUUCCCAAUGGUUACCAUCAGGAGUUUGGAUCAGAACGCUUUAAAUUGGCUGAAAGCCUAUUCGAUCAUGCUCCCCUGGGUGCUGGCCAAUUGGCAUCGACAAGUGUGGGCAUGUGUGAUGCAGAUGUGCGUUUGUCGCUUUACGGAUCUGUGGUGGUAACGGGAGGUAAUACUUUACUACAGGGCUUUCCUGAACGUUUGAAUCGCGAUCUACAGCUGCGUGCUCCCUCGAAUACACGUCUCAAAAUGAUAUCAGCCAAUGGUAGUGUUGAGCGACGUUUUGGAGCUUGGAUAGGUGGCUCCAUUUUGGCUUCCAUAGGCACAUUCCAACAAAUGUGGAUAUCGUCACAAGAAUAUGAAGAAUCUGGCAAAAGUCAAGUUGAGAGAAAAUGUCCUUAAGCAUCCCAUAUAAAACGUAAGAAGAGAUAAUGACAAACUUUUAUUAUGGUCACAGUUUAUAUCGGCUGAAAUCAUUUUUAGGUUAUAAAUAAAAAAGAAACGUAAAACUAA